AAGAGAGGAGGAAGUUUAAUAAGUAUCCGGUGAGGCCCGAGGCGGAGGACUGCUCGUAUUAUAUCAAGACGGGAACUUGUAAAUUUGGAUCCAAUUGCAAGUUCAAUCACCCGGUGCGACGGAAGAAUCAGGUUGCGAAGGAUAAGAUGAAGGAAAAGGAAGAACCAAAAGAGAGGGUGGGACAGACAGAAUGCAAGUAUUACUUAAAUAAAGGAGGUUGUAAAUUUGGCAAAGCUUGUAGAUUCAACCAUUCCAGACCAAAAACGUUUGUACCCCCCUAUCAAGGGCUCAACUUUUUGGGCCUGCCCAUCAGACCGGGAGAGAAAGAAUGUCCGUUUUACAUGCGUACUGGAUCCUGCAAGUAUGCAGCUAAUUGCAGGUAUAAUCAUCCUGAACCCUCUGCUGGAGGAGGUGACCCUCCUUCAGAAUAUGGUAAUGGGGGGUCUGCUUCACUGCAAAGUGCAUCACAAUUUCCGGUGGCUUCAUGGUCAUCACCAGGAACAUUGAACGAUGCUGCGCCAUUUGUGCCUGUGAUGUAUUCUCCAACUCAUGCGGUGUCAUCACACAAUGCAGAAUGGAACGGUUAUCAGAUGGUGAUCGAUGAAUUUCCAGAACGACCUGGCCAACCUGACUGCAGUUACUUUCUGAAAACUGGCGAUUGUAAGUUCAAGUCUAACUGCAAAUAUCACCAUCCGAAGGAUCGAAUCUCAAAGUCACCUCCGGUUGUGCUGAGUGACAAGGGCCUUCCAUUGAGACCGGAUCAGAACGUCUGCUUAUAUUACAGCCGCUAUGGCAUUUGCAAGUUUGGUCCUGCUUGUAAAUUUGACCAUCCUGAGCACUUGACCUCGUCAACCAUAUCCGAACUAGAUCAGCCAUCUUCAAUUGGCGACUCUGCCACAAGUGAUGGGCCAUUGAUGAACGGGACAAGGAAUUCAAGCGAAGCUAUUCAGCAAUCUGUAUAGCUCAACUGCUUUCUAGCUUUGUAGGCUUUAGUCUCCCUUGCUCUUGAGCAUGGAGGAUCUAACUAAUGUCCAGCUGCCCCAAGAUCUCCAGUGAGUGGUGCUUUCUUACAAUGUUAGUUAACUGGUCAGUAUUUAAAUAAUUGUACAUUUUCUCAGUUUAGGAUAUUUUGGGACUCGUCUGGUUGCGGGAUUGGUUAGUAUCAGUGAGACUGUUGUUCAGGAAUAGGCCAAAGACGAGUGAAGUUGUAUGAUUAAAUUAUAAGAAACUUUUGAAGUUUAAAAUGAAUAUCUGUGACCAAUGUGGAUAUUAUUUGAAAA